AUGCAGCCCUUGUCCGCGUCCGGGCCUAACGCGUCCUGGUGGGCGCCGGCCAACACAACCGUCUGCCCGGGCUGUGGCGCCAACACCUCGGACCGCGCGAUCCCUGCGCCUUGGCCCGUGGACGCCUGGUUGGUGCCGCUCUUCUUCGGCGCGCUGAUGCUGCUCGGCCUGACAGGGAACUCACUGGUCAUCUUCGUCAUCUGUCGCCACAAGCAGAUGCGGACGGUGACCAACUUCUACAUCGCCAACCUGGCGGCCACGGACUUAAUGUUCCUGCUGUGCUGCGUGCCCUUCACCGCUCUGCUCUACCCGCUGCCCGACUGGGUUCUGGGCGACUUCAUGUGCAAGUUUCUCAACUACAUCCAGCAGGUCUCGGUGCAGGCCACGUGCGCCACCCUGACCGCCAUGAGCGUGGACCGCUGGUACGUGACAGUGUUCCCGCUGCGCGCCCUGCACCGCCGCACGCCCCGCCUGGCGCUGGCAGUCAGCCUCGGCAUCUGGGUGGGCUCGGCUGUCCUGUCGGCGCCGGUGUUCGCCCUACAUCGCCUGUCUUCCGGACCCCGCACCUACUGCAGCGAGGCCUUCCCCAGCCGCGCCCUCGAGCGAGCCUUCGCUCUCUACAACCUGCUGGCGCUCUACCUGCUGCCACUGGUGGCCACUUGUGCCUGCUACGGGGCCAUGCUGCGCCACUUGGGCCGGGCAGCCGCGCGCGCAGCGCCCGCCGGCGGCGCCCUGCAGGGGCAGCUGCUGGUGGAGCGGGCGGGUGCCGUGCGGGCAAAGGUCUCGCGGCUGGUGGCGGCAGUGGUCCUGCUCUUCGCUGCCUGCUGGGGCCCCAUCCAGCUGUUCCUGCUGCUGCAGGCGCUGGGCCCGGCCGGUGCCUGGCAUCCGCGCAGUUACGCUGCCUACGCGCUCAAGAUCUGGGCACACUGCAUGUCCUACUGUAACUCGGCGCUGAACCCACUGCUCUACGCCUUCCUGGGCUCCCACUUCCGCCAGGCCUUCCGCCGCGUCUGCCCCUGCGCUCCCCGGCCGCUCCCGCGGCCCUGGCGGCCUGGACCCUCGGACCUUGCGGCCGCCCGCCAAACCCAGCUGCGACGCCUGGGCCAGGCCAGGCCCCCCGAAGUCAGGCAGCGGUAG